CUAUAACCACAGAAAUGCACUCUGGGUCAGAGUCAACAUGGCAGCCUGCAGGUUGCUUGUGGAUUACUGUAGAGCUUAACGAUUAUAUUCUUGUUAUCACUGAAAAUAAGCAUAAAACAUGUUUCAGUUAUUCUGUUGUAGAUCAAGCAUUACUGCUUCAGUGCGGUCAUUGUCGUUAUACCCGCGAUGCCAUAAAACGGCAGACAUAGGGAAACUUUCACGGUGGUAUACAUCUCCAGGAUCUAAUGCAUACGGCUCCUCACAGCAGCCUGGAAAUGCUGUCAGUCGUAUUUGGAGCCUCGCUCAGGGAGCUGUCCGCCAAUCCACCACCCGAACAUCCACACCCCCAGGAGUGGCUCUGAAGUUCAUCCUGGGACCAGCACUACUCACUGUCUCUGCGCGACUGUUUUGCCAUGUAGCUUACUGUGAGGCAGAUGGGAAUAACAACAUCCCGGUGGAAGUUGUAGCCAAAAACCCUGUGCCUGAGUUCAAAUGGCACAUCCUGUGGGAAUUUGUCAAACCUCAACUGUUUGCUCUCAUCGGUGCUGUUGUGCUUGCUUUUGGUGCAGCUAUCUUGAAUAUCCAAAUCCCCUUAUUGCUCGGGGAUCUGGUGAAUGUUGUGGCACGUUACUUGAGAGAUCAGACUAGGAAUUAUGUCCAAGAGAUAAGAGGUCCUGCACUGAAAUUACUUGGACUGUAUGGUAUCCAAGGCCUGCUGACGAGUGGCUACAUCAUCCUGCUUUCAAGGGUGGGGGAGAGAGUGGCAGCAGACAUGAGGAAGACCCUUUUCGCAUCCUUACUGAGGCAAGAUGUGGCAUUCUUUGAUGCUAAUAAAACUGGGCAGCUGGUGAAUCGUUUGACUGCUGAUAUUCAGGAGUUCAAGUCAUCCUUUAAAUUGGUCAUCUCUCAGGGUCUGAGGAGUAUUACACAGACGGUUGGAUGCUUCGUCUCUCUCUAUGUCAUCUCCCCCAAACUCACAGGUUUGACGGUAGUUGUCCUCCCCUGUCUAGUGGGAGCAGGGGCUCUCUUUGGCUCAGUCCUCCGCAAACUAUCCCGUUUGGCUCAAGAACAGGUGGCAAAAGCAACAGGAGUGGCAGAUGAGGCACUUGGCAAUGUGCGGACAGUGAAAGCUUUUGCGAUGGAGGAGCGGGAGCUCCAGUUAUAUGCAUAUGAAGUUGACAAAUCAAGUGAAAUGAAUGAAAAUCUUGGUGCUGGAAUAGCAGUUUUCCAAGGACUGUCAAACAUUGCCCUGAACUGCAUUGUCCUUGGAACUAUAUUUGCUGGAGGGACUUUAAUUUCUACCAAUGAAAUGUCCCCUGGAGACCUCAUGUCUUUCCUGGUUGCUUCCCAGACUGUUCAGAGGUCAUUGGCCAGUAUCUCUAUCCUUUUUGGACAGAUGGUGAGAGGAAUAAGCUCUGGGGCCCGGGUUUUUGAAUACUUAUCUUUGAAGCCGACCAUUCCAAUGUCUGGAGGAGGACGCAUCCCGUACCAUUCUCUGACAGGAAGAGUGGAUUUUAUGAACAUUUCAUUCAGCUAUCCAACAAGACCUGGCCAUCAGAUCUUGAAGAAGUUCAACUUAACGCUGCCACCUUGUAAAACUGUUGCCAUUGUUGGAGAAUCUGGAGGAGGAAAGUCCACUGUGGCGUCCUUGCUGGAGCGUUUCUAUGACCCGACCGGCGGUGUAAUCAUGCUGGAUGGGCUCGACAUUCGAACACUUGAUCUGUCCUGGCUCAGGGGGCAAGUCAUUGGAUUUAUCAAUCAGGAGCCAGUUUUGUUCGGAUCAUCUAUCAUGGAGAACAUCCGCUUUGGGAUGCCUGAGGCCACAGAUGCGGAGGUCAUUAAUGCAGCCAAGCAAGCCAAUGCUCACCGCUUCAUUACAGGUUUCCCAGACGGCUAUAACACUGUGGUUGGUGAGCGUGGUGUGACGUUAUCAGGUGGCCAGAAACAGCGCAUUGCUAUCGCCCGCGCCUUGAUCAAGAACCCCAGCAUCCUGGUGCUGGAUGAAGCCACCAGCGCCUUGGAUGCAGAAUCCGAGCGAGUGGUGCAGGAGGCUCUGGACAGGGCCACAAGGGGUCGCACUGUGCUUAUCAUUGCCCACCGGCUGAGCACCAUUCAAGGGGCUGACCUCAUCUGUGUCAUGAGCAAUGGCCGCAUUGUGGAGGCUGGGACUCACUUGGAACUGCUGGGCAAAGGAGGACUUUACUCUGAUCUGAUCCGCAGGCAAAGAGCUGAGGGGCAGAAAUGAACGUACCAAACUGUAGAUCUACAGUGAGUCUACAAUGAGUAAUGGAAUUUCACUUUAAUGAAAUUCAUUCAAUUCAUUCAAGUUUUACCUGAACAGAUAAAUUAUGUGAAACAUGUAGUGUAAAUCUACCAGCUCUCUGUCUAGUUUUAUGACAAACUCUCACAUUUAUGUAUGUAAAUGUAUAAGUGGACCAAUUGGAUCAACCUGUGAUGAACAAACUACACUACUGUAAAUUAUCUAACUAAAUGGGACUUUCAUAACACUGUUUUCUCUUAUCCUGUAUAGAAUGAUAAAUCAUAAUGUAGAAAAAUAAUUAAACUUUGUUUUAAUGAGA